AUGAGUUCUUUUGCCAAUGAGGUCUUUCCCGCUGUUCAAUAUGAUCAAUUGACCUGGGACUCAAUAGCCACGGCUUGGCCCACAGGAAUAGUGACCGCUGAUUAUUCUUGUCAUCAACAGAACUGGUCCGAGCAAGUCACACAUCUGGGACUAGGAAAGCCAGUCAUACUAGACUCGCAACUGCUAGGGUUGUCAUCAUCAUGGGAUCUGACCAGUCAGCCCGACAGCUGGAACUGUUUUGUUCCAAAUUCGCAAGCCCAGGACCCCAAUCAUGCGGUUCAGGAUGAUGACAAGCGCCAUGAUGUUUCAAACCCGCAAAUAUUUAAGCGCGGAGAAGAACUGCGCAGCACAGAGAUAUUUGCACAGGGAUGGCCUGACCAGGCUUCCGACACAGUUUGCGGCUGGGGCUCCAGCGAGCAGCAUACCCGCUUAGUUCGGACAAAACUUGCUGAACUACUCAAGACAUAUCAUGUGGGAAAACUCAACGAUGCUGGCUGUGGGGACCUUGCAUGGAUGAGCCUGAUAGAUCUUGAAGGGAUUGACUAUGUGGGCUACGAUGUACACGAGCGAGCGAACUGGGCCGAACUGCAACAACGAGGCUAUCACCUUGAUGUUCUCGAUAUCACAGCAAAUGAAUCAAGACCGGCGGAUCUGGUCAUCUGUCGUGAUGUUUUUAUUCAUUUGCCGAAUGAUAUGAUCUUUCCCACGUUGGAGCGAUUCCGCCGCUCAGCUUCGUUGCUCCUCACCACGAGUUACACCAAUGACUCGGUUGUGAGUGGAAAUAAUUUCUCCAAUUUCAAGCGAAUGGACAAGCCAAGUCUGCAACACAGAAAGCUUGACCUGACUUUGGCCCCAUUCAACCUCGGCCAGCCGCUUGUUCGUAUCCCCGAGGACUCGCCAAAUAAGUAUCUGGGGCUCUGGGAUAUAAGCCACUCCUCAUUGCCCACUGAUAACUGA